CCUUUUGUUGGGGAUGAUACCAUUCACGCGUGCUACAAGUAUGAAUGGCGAAAAAGAAAUGAUUAUAAACCAGGAGUCGACACAGUGCUUGAGGAACAUUAUGAAGAGCGCAAGGAAUCUAGAGUCAAUUCUCCAGUAAAAGACACCAUGGAAUUAGAAAAUGAAGAACUGAAUCCGUAUAUAAAACUAAUGUUACAACCACUAGUGCGUUUUAUGGAGGUCUUAAUGUCAGAGAACCCCUUGUCACUGGUAGAAAUCUGCUCCAUGAAUGUCCCCACUGAGCUGCUUACAGACGCAUGUACAAGUGGCCCAGAAUAUGAGACAAAUUCUGUAGAUACAGAACAACAGACUGAUCAGAUUUGCAAGAAAGGAAGUAAAUGGAAUUUGCCAUUCAAGUUGCUGCGCAGAAAUAAGAAAGAAAAUGGACAAAAGAAGAGAUCUUCAGGAUUUUUCUCCCGUUUUUUCCACUGAUCACUAAGGCCUUCCUUUAAAGACUAUACCAAAGAUCUUUCGCCAUCUUUUCUCCAGAGUCUUUCAAUAAACUAUGUUCAAAAUUAUGCCAUGAUGGACCACAUUUUGCAUUUAUUGAAGUUUCC